UAAUAAUAACUCAUGACGUUUCUUUAUAGACGCGCAAAAAACCGGCGCUGGCAACUGUCUGAGGAACGGAACAAACAGAUUUCUUUAUGUUUUAGAAGAUGACUGACAUUCAAGCAGAUGCUAUCGGUAGAAUAAUAUGUCAAACAUACCACUUAUUUCCAGAGAUACUCGGCCAAAAUUACACUCUCAACGAGAUUCUUACUUUCGUCCGCCAUAAUGGCACAUAUCUCUCUGCCAUCUCACACGGGACUGGUCUUAAAGAGGAGGGUAUACAAAACACUUUAGACAGUUAUUUGUUUGUAACGCAGUAUUUGCAACCGACGACAGCUCCGCCGCCCGCAAGUAACAUCACAGACAGGUAAGCUAUAUUUUAUAUAGUUAGCGCAAGUAAAAAUAACAAUGCGGAAAGCCAUACUUUAAGAGAUAUUUUAAUAUUUUUCUUUCUUUCGGUUAAAAAAGAACAUCUAAUGCCCAUCUCAGUUCACUGCACUAAUUUCCUUUCUGGUCCUUUGCAAAAGGUGACCAACAGCCACGAGUGUCUCUCCCGCUACACUUUGACUAGAAAAGAACCGACGGUAUGCAAAUUUACUCCGAAAAAUUGUAAACAAAACCGAGCUGUGAACUGAAUGAGUCUAAUUAAGUAGCAGCUACUUAGUUUUAGUUCUUUUACAAGGAAACGAUUUUUGGAACAGCGGAUAUAUAGCGAAAUAAAUAUAUUACAGUCAGGUAUAUACUGCCAUACGACUAACAAAACAUUAAUAGGCCAUUAUCCUUAAGAGAUUUACACAUGUUCUUCGGUCGUCACGCUUUGACGCAAUUUAACAGCUUUCAGAAGUAUGCAUGAAAACUAGUUUAAUUUGGUGUUUUUUAAGCAAAAUAUACUUAAUGUCAGCUUUUAGGGCGGCCACCCUCUAUUCGUGAUUGUUAAUGCGAUUUUCAUUAAGCUGAAAGGUCACUUGUCACUGCCCUUCCGAUGAUGGCCGCUUCGUAUAUUCGUCUCAGUUUAAUUCAGAGAGAACAAUAUUGAUUUUUGAUUGAAGUCAUGCCCAAUUGAUAUUAGUAUUACACUUUUAAAAUCGAAUCGCAUUACUUUCCAAAUUGCGCUAGUGAAAUAUUAACUAUAUUAUCGCCGUUUUCAGCAUUUUGUGGCCAACCGACAGCUGAACCGUUUGUCAGGGAAAUUUGCUCUCGGUUGAAACGUCACAAAAGACAAGUGUUGUUUGGUUCCGCAACCGUAUAUUUCGUUUGGAUCUUUUUUCGCGCACACUUCAGUUUUAAGUGUAAGUUUGAAAGUCGGGUCAAAGGUUUCUCGUUUAUGAAAACUUCAAUUAACAGAUGUAUAAGGUGUUUCCCGUAGAGGUUUUCUAAAAAUCCGUUUUGGUUGGGUCAUCGGUCAGGAGGGAAAACGAAGACUUUCUCAAGCUUAUUCUUGCGACUUGUUCGCUCAAAAAAGUCGGCUUGUAGGCAAGUCCAUAGAUAGGUCUAUAUUUUCCUGAAUGGAGAAUUAUAAGAAAAUUUUUUAAUUAAAACAUCACUUCUGUCAGAAGGUGUGAGCGGCUUCCUUUAAAACAGGCAGUCAACAGAACAUCGAAUAUUAAAUACGAAAGAUUCGAAUCAUAAGAGUUCUUUAAACCCUGAACGUCAGAGACACUUAGGUCGAUUAGUUCAACGGUUAAUUUCAGUCUCCCUUUGAGAUUAUCCCUGAAGAAAAUGGUUAUUUUAUGAUUUGCUUUUGUGUGUGUGUGACACAAAUUUUGAGCGAGAACGUCAAACAAACAAGCGGAUUUAUAAGUGAGCCCAAUACCGCCGCGGAAUUCGACUUUUAUGACUUUGACACUAAGUUGCAGCAGCUGCUUAGCGAUGACGAAUUUACGCAUUGCGUAUAGAAGUUUUGCACAUUCAUAGAUGCGGAAUAUUCAUUUUCUAGAAUGACAGUUGAUUUUUGGCACAGUCAGAGUCAGUACCUUUGGUGCAGGUGGCCGCGAACAACUUGUCUCGCGCUCACGAAUUUAGCCCGGGAACUUCAGCCGUCUCUCCUUGCCAAGGACGUUUCACCAGAAAGAAAACCUCUAAAGGGGGCGACGAGGGACGGCUGUAUUCGCAGGCCAGUAGGCAUCUUGAUUUGAUAUCUCGUGACAGUAUCAACGUAGAAAUACAGCACAUCCAAUAAUAACAUGGGGGGCUGUAUCAAGGUGCUCACUACAUGCAGACGAAUGAACAAAAGAAUUAUUAUUAAUCGAUGAAGUACCACAGAGACUAAUCUUUAUUUCGACCAUACUGUGCACUAAUAGCUUCCUUAGUUUAUUAUAUAUUUCUCAACUAUUGGAGAAAAUUUCGCAUUUUAAUUAAUGGGUUAAUUUCUUAUUGCAUACCGAGUUUCCUGAACCGACCAUAUUUUCUUUUAAGGGAGUGGGGCUGGGUGUUUGCCGAGAAAAAUUUACAGCAGACAGUCUUGCAAGGGAAAUGAGUUCUUGCGUGGAGUAAAUAUCCUUAUCUUUUACAUCAAAACAAAAUAUAAAAAACGAUCAUAUAGAAGGUUUAUUAAGGUACAUAAGGUAGUUCCGAAAACGUUGUUGCCCUUGCAAGUUCUAUGAUCGAUUUCUUAGUUUAAACGUUACCCGGUUCACUCGAACGUCUUCAGCAAGAGGUUUCCGAAAUAUUCGAACGUCUAAACUAAGUUGGUCUGAGUGAGGGCAUGAAAUUCUCUCUUCUUUCUUUCUCUGACGUUUGUAGUUAUUAAUACUGACUUUCAUGGUUGCCAUAGGUCAGGAAAUGGUCAGGGAAAAAAUUCUUCAAGGUCUGGGAAAAGUAAGGGAAUUUCACUUUAAGUCGGGGAAAAGUUAAAUGUUUGAUAGAAUUCAGGGAAAAGUGAAAUUUUAAGAGUACAUAUUUAUUCUUUUCCCUCUACUUUAUUACUGUUUUCUAACAUAAAAAUUCUCUAUUACAUUUUACAGUCAUGAAUUGUAUCUUAUUGGUAGAAUAUUCUCAUGAAAUUGAAGGAAAAGGCCAUCUUGCCUUUUCAAGAACAUAAUUUUUUUGCACGUUGUGUGUAAAUGAACUGUCAAUUCAUAUACCUUAAUUUGUACACUGCACGUGACUUGCUGAAAGCAUUAAUAAAUAGGUGGAGGGGAUGGCUAUCAUCAGGUCUGAUGUGCGAAAUUGUUAAUUGUUUACAUUUGCCAGAAAAAGUCAGGGAAUUUCGGAAACCUCUGACUGUGGCAACCAUGAGUUUGGAUUUCAAUAAUAAGUUCGUAAUACUGACUGUCGAUCUAUAGAUCACAGUAUCGACCUGUGUGGCUCGCUCCUCGCGCGUGUCGCGCUCUCCUAAAUGGAGAGCUUGCUCGCAGGCUAGCCGUUGUGUCUAAAUAAGUUGAAAGUUGCUUGCGAGCCAACUCUCCAAUUCCAGGUUAUGGUAAACGAAGCCAGCCACGAGAGAACACGCGAGUUAGCCGCGAAGCCGCGAGGGGCGGAGGUCUCUUUCGCGUGCUGCUCUCUUGACUUCUAGCGACUACUCCAAAUGGAGAGCUUGUUCUCAACUGAAAGUGGUUAGUUUACUUACAACAUUUUAGCCUCUUCUUCGUGUGAUAUAAUCACCUUUGCAAUCUAAAGGCAAUUUAUUAAGCUUUCUCAAAUGGAGAAAUGGCUGCAUACUUGCUGAGCGGCGAGAACUUCAGCUUUAUAAGACAGCAAAGUAAUCAAAGUGUAAAUGAAUAUGUUUAUCUUACUUUUUUUCAGUGCUCUACUCUGCGUACCUCCCAUAUCUAAUGGAAUUUGGACGUCGUUAGCGGUGAUUCCUGCGGUAAGGCUUUUGAAAAUUUUGUUAUAUACCAAACGCCUUGCAGUCGCCAAGGUUUUGACAAACCUGACGGUGCGGCGUGAGAUGCAUUUUUCCUUCAGCACGCCCAACAGCAUUAUUCCACAGAAAUAACUUCAGAGAUAUGUGUCAGGUAACAGUCAAUUGUAUCUUAUGUUACGUAACGCUAGUUGCUUAAUUUACGCCCCUGUGUUACAUUUACUUACAGGUUGAAUAGAUCAUAUACAUGAUGUACUGAUUUAAGGGAAACAAAGAACAAUUUUGGCUGGAUUUACAAUAGGGUUUAUUGGUCCCAAAAUAGUGGUCAGUAUGGUACAGUAGGGUUGUGUCCAAUGUAAAGAGUACCAAGUUGUUCUUUGUCGUCUCCGCCCGUUUCCUCGUUGCGCGGCCGGAUGUUUCAGUUUUUCCCUUGCGCAUCAAGCAAUAGCGCAAGUUCAUCGCAAGCCUUGGUUUAAAGUAUUACAUUUUUCCUUUAGCUUCUUAUCCUACUACUUCUCUCCUGUUUGCGAAAAAGGACCAGGGAGGUAAAGCUGUUCGGUCGGAAAAUCGUACGACCGGGAUUAUGCAUGUAAGUAAAACCAGCUGCCUUUGAUUGAGUCGUCUUCUUUUUUAAUUCUAUAUUAUCAGGCUAUUUUACGUGUGAAACCUGUUAAGCUAAAUAAGAUUGAACAUUGCUUUCACGUUAAAAGUUUAAUUAUUUUAGCAGUCAAUAUUCGUGUGAAAUGGCAUUAGACUCUCGUAUAGCAAAUGUAUUUCUUAGUUUCUGGUUAGCAUAUUCCCCCAGCUAAUCAUAAACAAUUGGCCGUUUCCAUAUUUGGAAAAUAUUCAAACCCGAUUUUCAUGGUCACUGCGAUUGUUAAAAAAAAGUUCAGCGAUCGUAGCGAUCAUGUGGAAACCACUCUCCAGCGAUCGUAGCGAUAGCAAAAAUACCAAGAUGCAAUACGUACGCUCACCCAUUUAAAGAUGACUGCCACCACGAUUACCGAGAAUUUAUUGAAUUUAGCACUUUUUAUGGAAGAAGUGCAAAAAUUCGACUGCCUUUAAGCAAUUGGGGAAACAUUCGGCCUGAGUCCCGAUCUCAGCGAUCAUGUGGAAACCAUCAAUCGCGACGAUCUCCGGAACCAUUUUUUCUGCGGUCGCAACAAUCGUAGCGAUCACAUGAAAACCGGGCUUUAGAUUGUACCAUCGUUGACAUAAGUGAUUGUGUAUUAGUUGUCGGCUGGUAUAUCGGAGAAUCAUGCCCGCCGCGGCUGACAGAGCAUUUUCGCUUCGAGAGCCAAUGUGAAAUUUUGAGGAUAAUCUCUCAGCCAAGAGAAGGCGCUCUUAGAUUAUAUUUUACCGACAGCACUGUUCGAAAACUACUCUAAAAACGUUUCUAAUAAAUAAGUAAAGAAAAUCCAACCAUGGCACUUGAACUGCCGCUGCGCGGGCUAGAAAAGUAAUUACAACUAUGAAACACAGAAUAUGAACAAUCUAGAACAUUUGAAGGAUUUAAAACUUGACUUUGUGGCAGUGUGGUGGAAGCUGAGGAAGUCAUAGAAACUAGGAAACGUAAAAGAACUGUCAUGAGACCCAGCUGUAAGAACAGGUUGAGUUAUUAAUCGCCUGACAAUCGAAGAUGACUCGAACUGUUGCUCUAUAUGUUGGUUGCGCACUGUACGACAGUAUGACUGUUGUAUGUGGAGUAUGGCUGAAGAUAAAAGAUCAAAUUUGCAGCUUUAUUCCCCAUAUUGGUUUGUUACCAUAUAAUUUUAUGUGUGAAAGGUUUGAUCUUGUAUACUGCUCCGUGUCUUUCCUCCGGUUUGUGUUUAUGUCGAUUCUUGUUCAUGCCCACGUGACCGGAAGUCACUCCAGUUAACUUUGGCUCGGAUUUGACCUGAGAUUUUUUCAAUUUUGUUUUUCUAGUCCUGUGAAUAUGGUGGACAGUUAUGAAAACAGAUUUGCCUUUGCUUGUGCAUUCGGAGCUACUACAACCAAGUGCUUGAGUAUAUUGUUUUUCGGGAGUUAUGAAGAGAUCUUCUCUCCAGAGUUCAACGAGUGGAUUCAGAGCCCUGCGGUUCCCAGCUUCACUGGCAGUAAGCCUACAAUAAUUUAUUAUCAUCAUCGUCAUCAUCAUCAUCAUCAUCAUCACCAUCAUCAUCAUCAUCAUCAUUAUCAUCACUAUUGUUAUUAGAGCGAAAUUCGGGAGCGUGCGUGAAAAUCGUCGCUUGCGUGGAGAAGCGAGGCUUUCCCCUCGUGACACCUUCCUCACGGACAUUUGCCUGAUAAACAUGCUAGUCAUGGUCUAUUACUAGUUAGUAAAAUCCAACUUGUGGUCUAUUAUCAAUACUGUGUUCUGAUUGGUUGAGCUAGCAGCGAAAAGCGCAGGCUUUGAAAACCAAAACGAUGGCGGCUGAAUCGCGUUUUGCUGGCUUAAGUUGUUUUGUCUCGAUAUUUUUGACCAACUUGUUGGAUUUUACUAAAACAAUUAUUCCUCUCGCCCUCAUGGCCUGAGUCAAUAGCCCAUUCGGCCUUCGGCCUCAUGGGCUAUUAACUCAGAGCCCAUUCGGGCUCGAGUAAUAAUAUUUAAUUAUUUUAUUGUCGUCGUUAUCCUUUAAGUGGUGAUUUUGCAAGUCUUAUGCUUCCCCGAUUCUGAUUGGCUAAAAGCGCACGCAUAAUUCAUCAUAACCAGCUAUUGAUGACCAAAUUUGGAAGAAUUUUGCGAUUAAUCAACCGAUGACGUCAAAAGUGCGGCUUCCUUGCAGGUUUAUGCACUGUUAGCCGAGAAGACCUGGAUACGAGGUUGAGUUGUUUUGGUUUUGAAAACAAAAAUGGUGGACAUUUCAAUCGUUUCAAGAGUAAGAACUAGGCGAAAUAAUAGCUAAAAACAUUGCAAGAACAGCAAGAAGACAACUCGAAGGGCGACAUCUGCUAUUUGGGGAAUAUUUGCGGAGCUAAACAACCGUAAACGUGCAUUUUCGAAGAUGAACUUAACAUCGAUGGAGGUGAGCAUGUUUAGCUAUGUUUUUAAACUAGGAAUUAUUUUGAGUGAAUGAUAAAACGAUGAUUGAAUUCGGCUUUCGUAACAUAUGAACAAUUAUGGACCUAUUUUCAGUCGGAAAGUAGGGUUAUGUUGUAAACGGCCACGUUCGAUAUAUUUAAAUUCUAGCAUGACUCUUAGGCUUUUGGAACAAAAUUGCAGAUUUUUCACGACUCCAUUGUCACGCAAUUCCCAGAAGAGACUUGAGCACAAAGAAAAUCAAACCAAAUAUACAAUACAAUACAAUACCUUCAUUACCUCUCUCGAAGGGGCUAUUAUUAAAUAAUAUACAAAGAAUAAUAAUUGCCUUAAGUUACAAACAUCAUUAAAAACGAACCUGAAAUCAUUCGUUCCAAUUUAAUCUUACUGGCUAAGUUAUCGAAGUUGAAAGAAUCAUGAAAACAAAAAACAUCUCUCGAAGGGGCUAUUCUGAAAUAAUUACAAAGGAAUAAUAAUUACCUUAAGUCACAAGCAUCAUUAAAAACUACGCUAAAAUCAUUCGUUACAAUUUAUAUGCUAAAUAGUUCAAGCCUUACAUUGUUUUUAGAAUUACUGUGUGAUUUGCUGUUUCCAGAGUUUUAGCAAAGGGAGUUCCAAAUAUUUAUUGAACGGUAAAAAAGGAACGCUCAGUGGUAGCAGUUCUACUAAAGGGAGAUUGUAACUGAUCUUCAUGCCUUGUGCUGUGACUAACUCCUGUAACACUGGAGUAAUAUGAUCGAACUUCUUGGUGUUAGUCACGAUAUGAACGGCAAAGGUUUGCACCAUUUCAGCUUUUGUAGGUUUUCCUUGAGGGUACCAGCCCAAAUCGUAGAACAUGAGAAUGACUUACUUAUUAUAAGCGAGUGUAGGAUCAUUAACAAAACAGGUCUAGAGAACAGGUGCCUAACCCUAUACUUAUCUGACACAAGGUAGACAAGAGAGAAGACGUGGAAUCGGGUAACAUGUUCGUUAAAGGUUAAAUGAGAGUCCAGUACAAUUCCUAAAUCCUUAACGGACGAAACAGGAACGAGCGUUAGUCCAAGGAACGGUACACUCAUAUCACAAGUUUUGCUGACUUGCGUUAAAAGCUGCCUGGUUCCAAACACAAUGAGUUUAGUCUUGCUGGGAUUAAAUCAGCAGUUGAUUUGAGCAGCACAACUUGGCGACAUGACGGAGGUCUUAAGUGAUUCUUUCCAGAGAGGUCAACAUCCUUGGACGAGAAAGACAGAAAAAUCUUUGUAUCAUCCACAUAAGAUUCCACUCCACUAAACUCGACUGCGUUUGGGAGAUCAUGCAUAUAUAGGUUAAACGAAGCAGGGCUCAAGAUAGCUCUUGUGGCAUGCCAUAUGUUACUGUGAGUUGAUCCGGUAGUGAGGUACCGAGCCGUGUAGACUGCAUACGGACAGUAAAGUAGCUUUCAAACCACUUGAGUACCUGGCUUGCCCUUCCUAGGGUGCGUAACGUUUGUAGUGGCAUAUGCUGUGGAACGCCUUGCUAAAAUCGAUCACUUCCAUAGCUGUAAGUUUCUUGUGAUCUAUGGCCCUGAAAAUUUAGUCAGAAAUAUGACCAGAAAGCUUCGGAGUCAUGUUAGAAUUUUAAUAUAUCGAACGUGGUUUUUUUGGAAGGUCUCUUUAGACUUAAUGCUAAGGAGUGAAACUUCAAACUGCUGUUAAAAAAGAGAGAAAAAUUAAUGGAGAGGGAAGAAAAGAAGCAAAAUCCAAAACCCGGAGCAAAGUUUAGUGGCCAAUCAACAAAUUAUCUUAAACGCGAACGGUCCCCUGGGUAAUGACACGUAAUGUGUAUAAGUCAUAAUCAUGUUCUUUUGUUGACAACCCGAGUUCUUUUAUUUUCGCAGUUAUUUGGAAGAUAAUAGCUAUGUUGACAAUUGGAAUUGCGUACUAUCCCCUCUUUGCCUGCAUGGAGACCGACUACAAGGUUACUGGAUUUACUAUCGGCUUCUUGUACUCCGCUUUCUGGUUAGUAAAUAUUUUAAGUGUUAUCUACUGGGAGAAGACCUUUGAAGUCCACAUUUCUAGAGUUGAUAAUUACUAAUAAAUACGAACCCUUUUGAAUCUCGAAAUCAAGAGGGCCUCGAUUCAUACUGAUCAAAUCCUUCUUUUUUGCAAUCGCCUAAAGCUUUCUCCGUGAUCUUUCGUGGAGAAAAAACUGCUGUGAGAUGAAAUUGAAGUUCAAAGCACAUUCGUUUUCUUUAGAAAACGGCCGAAUAUCAAGAUUGUACAGUUUUUACCGUAUUUCUAAUCAUAAAAACUUCAUUUCAAAUUAUCUCGAUAACGCUAUUAUAGAUUUGGCUUAAACUUCAUGAACGUCGAGGCGGCUGUCGGAGGAAAAAGCUCCCGUGAACAACUUAAGAAGAAGAGUUUCCAGUGCCGAUAAAUACGGUAGCGAGUAAAUACGUAAUUGCGUCAUUUCGUUACCUUGAGAACUCCGAUGACAUUGUAACCCUGAUCAAAACCAAUUUUCAUCUUUAUCUAAUGCAGCUGUGGUGGUAAUUUUUCCAAAUAUUUGUUACUGGCGACGUAGUUUAUGCUGAAACGUGGGAGGUGUUCACCCUGAAAAACCCUAUCGAGACACCUAAUCUCGAAUGUCAAUAGGGAAAAUUGUAAACAGUGACGUUAGCAAAGAUUAGUGUAUGGCACAAAAGGUCCUUAUUUGUUUGCAGAGGGGAGCAUUUCAAGUGUUAGUGAUAAGAAUAAUGCACCGCUGUUGUUUUUCUUUCGCAUACAGGAUUUUUAUUGUUGCAUACGAAUUCAUCCAGUGUCCACAAUACACGUCUUGGGUAAGUCGGUAUCAUAGUUACUCUUUCUCAUUUGAAACAAAGAUCCGGACACACGACUCAGUGGUGGUUGUUUGCAAUUUAGAUGGGAAAAUCAAUCGGACCACAGCUUGGGAAAAUGGUACGCAAAAUUCAGGACUGUUAAAUUUUGUCCCGGAGUCUCGUUUACCAUUCGUACAAAUCAGUUCCAUUUAACGAAAAAACGACGGCGAAGGAAUGAAACUGAUGGCUUUGUACCAAUGGAACUGCACGAAUUUCCGUUUGGAAUAUUGCGUCCGGAAAAACAGGAAAACCUUUUCAGAUGUUCCGCUAUAACGACCAAAAAAGUCAUGUUUCAACCAUUGUGUAUUAAAAGAGGAGCUCUCGCGCGCAGCGGAGCACCAAGAGUAAGAAAACUUGGUUAUCAUUACAUACGAGAAAUUUUGGUAGUGACUAGUAGUCACGUGACGUUACGUCCAUACCAUAGGCAUACCCUCUUCCCUUGCCUUCCUGUUCCUCUGUCCCCUUGUUCCCAUGUUCCCCCGUUCCCUUGUCCCAUUGUUCCCCUGUUCCCCCGUUUCCUUAUUCCCUUGUUUCCUCGUUUCUAUAUUGCUCUAUUCCCCUGUUCCCUUCUACCCAAUUUCCCCUGUUCCAAAUACAACUCGAGGUUUUUUUCGCUUGGCCACUCGCAUCGUGUGAAGCAGAAACAUUUAAAAAGUCAAUAAACUCACAACGGAAAGCGGACAUGGUUUCUGUAUCCGUGUUGUCUAACAUGUUAAGCUUAGAUUAACUGUCUUGUCCACAAAUUUGGAAUGUAGAAGAAGAGAAAGACGGAGAAACAAUAAAGUAGGCGACAGGCUAGCGAAGCGAAAGAAAGUUAGAGCGAGAGAUGAAAAACAAAGAAGACGAAUUUUAGUUGCUAGAACAACGUGGAAAUUUUAGCGGCGGUAAGAAAAUGAGAAGUGCGAGCGGCCAUAGCAAGGUAAAAAUGAGCGUCAGUGAGGAAAAAUUACAGGAACACAAGUAACAAUUUUCUUUGGUGAGCACCUUAGACAUUUUCUCCAUAAAACGUGUAACUAGUAAGUUUCACGUUACGAAAAAAUGUGCUGCACUUACACAUGUCUUCUUUGCUCUCAAGAAGUGAUGAUUUUUUUUGCCGUUCUCGCUGCCGUUGCUGUUUAGAAUUACACAAUUUUACUCUUUGUUUGAGUAAAUUAUAACUAUAUCAAUGAGAGAAUCGCUUUUAGCCCAGGCUAAAUCUAUAUACAUAUAUUAUUACGACAGUAAUUAUCGUAAUCGCUUUGAAAAUGUUGCAAUGUUUAGAGCAAAAACCUGAGAUAAAGUGUGUGGGCAAACAGGAGGAACCAAAUCCUCCCCCUCUGGUACCUUGCAUUCCCUGCUCCCGCUCUUUAUUCUUGGCUUCGUGCUCUAAGCCUUUUUUCGGUUGCUAAGUAUUAACAAUUGCUACGUAGUUUCCCCUGUUUCUUCAACUUCCUGUCCUUUUAGAACUCCAACCUGUUGCCCUUCCUCUACCGCCUCCCGAACCCCUCCCACCACCUAUUUUCCGGGCUCUCACCCCUUCCCUCGUCAUAAAGGUGCACUGUAGUCGGAGGUGGAGGCGGAUGACGUUCCAAAUGUCCGUCUCCAUGGGUCUCUAUGCCCGUGUAAUGGAUUUCGCUGGUAUGAGAAUGCUGCGAAUAACAGAUUUUGCGGAGCAAAACAUUGACAAUAAUCAUUAUAUAUAAUGAAAGCAGGACAAAGCCCGACUUCUUCUUUAAACGAAACCGGAAAUCAAGAAUAAUCUUGCCAGCAUUUAGGCAAAUUAUUGUUUGUUUGUUUUUUCUCAAGGUAUUUCCUGGAGAUGGUUUGGCAUCAGAGUUCCCCGUGUUAAUUUGUUUGGCCUUUCUUCUUAUAAAAUACCUUGUGUUGCUUGUAACGACACUAUACACUAGGUAUCGGUUGAUUGCAUCCCCCAAGGUAAGUUCAUUAAUAAAGAGACAUAAGACCAGGAAUUUACCUCGCCAUCACUUUUACUGCUGCGCGAUCCUCUGAAUGAAAAGAUUUUUGUCAAUCAAACGGUGCAAACAGGGCUGCUCCCCUGAUUGUCCUCUUUUGAAACCGUUUUGGCAAAGCGCGGGAAGUUAUUUACCGAUUUCCCUUGUAACCAUUUGUUUACCCCGUGAUACAAAUAAUAUUUAAGGUGGGUUGACUGGUAUACGUCACCACUUUGAGCGUUAACUACGUUCGCAUUAGCAAAGAUGUCGGGAAAAGGUUAGCCUUUUUCGCUAUAUUAGCAUAUUUCGGAGAUUUCUUUUGAGAGUAAUCGGGGGUCGAGUCCUUUUGAAUUCAAAUUUAAGUUGUACACCUUUUUUUGAUACUUGAAAACAGUACCUGUGAAUAAUGAGGACGCUCAGUUGUACACACAAAAGCAACUUGGUGCAGAUUGGCGAUACUUGGUGCAGACUAAUGUAGUUUGGUCGAACUUGGUGCAGGUUGGUGCAAAUUGGUGCAACUUGGUGAAGGCUGGUGCAACUUGGUCGAAAUUUGUGCAGAACAGUUUGGUGCAACUUAGUGCAGUUUGGUGCAACCUGGUGUAGUUUGGUGCAAUUUGUUGCAGGUGCAACUUGGUGCAAUUUGGUGCGUUUUGGUGCAUUUUGGUGAAGUUUGGUGCAACUUGGUGCAGGUUGGUGCAACUUGGUGAAGUUGGUACAACUUAGUGCAGGUUGGUGAAGUUUGGUGCAACUUGGUGCAGGUUGGUGCCACUUGGUGCAGUUUGGUGCAACUUGGUGCAAGUUGGUGCAACUCGGUGCAGGUUGGUGCAACUUUGAUGCAGAUUGGUACACUUUGGUGCAACUUGGUGCAGGUUGGUGAAGUUUAGUGCAAUUUGGUGCAGUUUGAUUCAACUUGGUGGAGAUUGGUGCAACUUGUUGCAGGUUGUCGUCACUUGAUACAGAUUGGUGCACUUUGGAACAACUUAGUGUAGGUUAGUGCAACUUGGUGCAUACUGGUGCAAUUUAGCGCAGAUUGAUGCAACUUUUUGUAGAUUGGUUCGGUUUGGUGCAGAUUGGAGCAGCUUGGUGCAGUUUGGUGCAGAUUGGUUCAACUUGGUGUGGUUUGGUGCAAUUUUGUGCGGUUUGGUUCAACUUGGCGCAGUUUGGUGCAACUUUGUGCAGUUUGGUGGAACUUGGUGCAGUUUGGUGCAACUUGGUGCAGGUUGGUGAAGUUUGGUUCAACUUGGUGCAGUCUGGUGGAACUUCGUGGAGAUUGGUGCAACUUGGUGCAGUUUUGUUCAACUUGAUGCAGAUUGGUUUAACUUGGUGCAGUUUGGUGCAUUUGGUGCAACUUGGUGCAGUUUGGGAAAACUUGGUUCAGUUUAGUGCAAUUGGUGAAGAUCGGUGCAGUUUGGUGCAGUGUGGUGCAACUUGGUGCAGAUACCUGCAGUUUGGUUCAACUUAGCGCAGAUUGGAGGAGUUUGGUGUGACUUGGUGCAGAGUGGUACAGUUUAGUGCGGAUUGGUGCAACUUGGUGGAGAUUGGUGGAACUUGUUGCAGACUGGUGAAUUUUCGUGCACUUUGGUGCUUUGCAUUAUUUUCACGGCUUAACCACUCAACAAGCGAUUUUUUCAAGAACAGUGUCCUAUUCCCCUUUAAAUAUCCCUCCUCUUUGUAUGAAAGGUUUAGGCACGGUUCAGUUGCGGAACGUUUCACGAGCCGAACCUCAUACAUUGAAAUAAGUGCAUGAAAAGUUCGGCGUCUGAAUCAAUUUGGAACGGAUGUUUCAGUUUGGAACGGCUCAGCCGUUCUUUUCGCCUAGCCCGGCUGGAAAUUUCGCCUUUGGAGUGACUUUGGAACGGCUUUGAUUCAGACGCCGAACUUUUCAUUUACCGAACCUAAAGCAUACAUUAUUACAACGCAUUUUGUAAGCUGUUUGACCGAAAUGAGCAUUUUUCGCCUUUUGAACUUAGUUCAGCUGCAGUUAAGAUCGGCGUCUGAAACAAUUUGGAUAAUUUGGGCCAGCCUUGAUUCGAACUAGGUUCAGGUCAUGAAAAGUUCGGCGUCUGAACCGGGCCUAACACUCGACCUUACUUUGAAAGGGAGGUCUUGUUGGAGCUGCGAAAUAAUAAACCUAUCGUUAAUUCAGCUUUUUUCGGAAGAAAAAAGCCUGCAUGGGGUGCAAUGCCAUUAAUGUUUCUUAACCUUUUUCAGGAUGAAGAAAACGAGUGGAUGGCCUUUUACAAGUACAAAUACGUCCUGAAACUUCUCGAGCCAGUACCAAAAGAGUAGGAAAACAUAUUUAUGUUUUAACGAAACUUUACUCUGCUAGAGACAGACCUUAAGUCGCUCUGAACUGGUGUGACCAAUUAACUGAUUUUCCUCAUCCGCUCAGAUAGUCUUGUGGGGAGUUAUUUGUGACCCUGAUUACAGUUUUAAAAUUGAUUGAACAAACUGUCAUGCGAUCCUGUUACAAACCUAGUAAAAAUAUUAUCCAAAGCUCCAUUGGAACGAAAGACGCCUAAAGGGUGACGCAUUCGGAAGCGAAGCUUUCCAAGCGAGGCACGUACUGUAAACCGAUCUAGGUCUGCGCUACCACCGAGCAGUCAGUGCAGGGUUGUCACCAAGUCCAGGAGCCGGGGAUUUCCCCGGGUAGUCGGAGCAUGACCCCCGACUACUUUCGUCGCUUAAUUUAACCAAAAGAGCACCAGAAAACUCUACAUUAAAAAGGAAACAAGCAUUGAAAAUUAAUUUUUAAUUAUAGCUGACACCUUUAAAACACACAAAACUAAAUGCAACUUUCAUCUGCAGCUGGUUUAAGUAGUUUUGAAAUACUCACGAGCAAAAACUAAGAAAUGACGGAAAAAGACAUCAGACUUGGGUUUGAUACUAGUACACAAGCGCGAAAACUCUUCGUUCGCGAAAUGUCGGUUUCAAUCGUUAUGUCGGCUUUGUGUUGAACAUGUCCAAAAAGCGGCAAAGGAAUCUGUUGGACUCUUUUUUCACCGUUAGCCAAUUAUCCAGUUUAUCAAAUUCAAGGUAUGUAGAUCUCCAUGUUUGCGUUUCAGGGUUCAUUGAAUUACUGUGAAUGGACGGUCAUUCGGAUUCUUUUUCACCCUACUCUGGUUGGUCUCGUUAUAUUGUUUGGGUAAAUGAAGAAAAUUAUCCGUUGAUCCAAACGUGUGGCAAAAACCAAGUCCACGAUUUAGAUCAGCACCUCACCUGCUCCAUGCCCCCGGAUAGGAAACAGUCAGUUGAAGAUAAAAUUAAAACUGAAUUUGCAAAGUUGAAGUGUUACUUGCUCACAUGGAAGGAAGAGAUUGCUAAAGAAUGCUAUUCAUCUAAUGUUCCCUGUAAAGCUACCGCUACUGAAUGGAACCUGCAGCGAAUUUUUACUUCUACCCUCAGCUCAGUAAUGUGACUGAGAUAAUGCUUUCAACUCCAGUUUCAAAUUCCUGGCCUGAGAGGGGUGCAACCUGUGUGAAAUGGAUUAAGACGAGGUGCAGAUCAAAAUUAUAAAAUGACAUAUUGAAAGCACUGCCGCAAUAAAAGGGCCAGCCCCUGGCACAAAUGCUGCCGAAUCGCUAACCGAAGACGCAGUGAAGACCUAGACAGCUACAAAGUGUAGGAGAAGACUCCUCUGAGGACAAGGAAAUGUGGCAGCUUGUUCCAACGGUCAAUCUCAUCCGGUCCUGAUAGACGCAGAAGUGCAAACAGAUCCACGCGAUGAACGAUCUGAGCCGAUGUCCGUUGCUAUUACAGAAGAAGUAGAGUCCAAAGCGUUAAAUCACCGUGACGCUGAUGUUGAUGAGGAUGAGGAUUAUAAAAAAUGAUGAAGGGUUUGAAGAUGAAGACUAUGAGUGAUUGCUGUUUUUAAUAAAUUGUCAUUAGUCAGUGACCAGAUUUACAUUUAGCAUUAGGUAUCGAGUCUAUAAAAUAACCCCCGGUUAACGGAAAAUGUUCGAUCAUUGUCUGCGGGUCACCCAUCCUCUCAGUUCUACUUUCAAGAAGUUAAAUACAAAAGGGAAGUUAAGCAUCAGCAUUAUUAUUAUUGUAUUCUUCUACUUCUGUCUCGUUUUGAAAUCUCAGCGUCGUCUAUAAAGUAUUCGCCCCGUAUUUCUAAUGCUUUUCCGUUGGUCAGUUUCCUCGUAUGUUAACUGAUGUUUUUUAACUCCUUUUUCGUUCCGAUAUUUGAGACCACUAAAGUUACCAGUUGUGCAGUUUUGUUUUGCCAUAUUUUAUCCCCCGAUUUUUCGUACGUUACGUUUGUUUUUGCGUUAUCAUACUUACUUUUCAACAAACCAAAUUAACGUUAUGUUUAUAUGAUGCCUUUUCGCACAUUCAUCUUCCUCUUACGCGGUGAAACUCUUGUCUUCUUGCCGCUUCUCCGUGGGUUUAUUCAUCUGUAAUGUCAGUUUUACCUUUGUUUUCCGUGAGUUGUUUCGUUCUUAGGCAUAAGAAUUUUAAAAUUGACUUUACAGCGCAUGUUUGCACCAUAUAAGGAUUGCCCUUUCGACAUUUUUAACAUUUAUAAAGUAUUGUUGUGAGUUAACACUUCACUGGCCAGCAUGCGCCUGUCCGCGUGAAGAUAAGUUUGCGUGGAUAACGUGACCGGCGCCUACCUGUUAGUUUUUUCAGCCUCUGAGCUAACAUGUAUUACCAUUUGGCGGCCAUUAAAAAACCCUCUCCAACCUGCUUUUACGUAAAGUGAAAACUUAUUAUUUGAGUGUCUCAGAAUGUUGUACUUUUCUUUAAUAAAGACGUGAUCAUCAUAAACCGCUAAUGAUAGCUCUCCUCUUGAUGAAGGGGGGGAGCCUCCAUGACCGCUUGCGACUUCCCAGGCUACUAACAACAAAUAUCUGGCAACUUGAAAUCUUAGUGACAUCCCUGCAGUGGAUAAAAAAAGCACUUUAUAUGAGUAUCAAUGUAUUUAGCGCGAAAGAACUAAUUAGGGCACUAUUCUUACGUCUCCAACUAGAGACGGGACACCAGUUUACGUGGUCAUCUGAGCCACGCAAAGGUCAAGCCGCUUGCAGUGCAAAGAGGGUGACCUCAUUUCUUAGUUAUUUUCAGACCCUGAGUAUUGGUUCUGCCCUGGGAAUGGGAAUCAAAUAUUUAAAAAGGUUGGUAACAGGAUCGCAUGACGGUUUUAUUGGUCCAGUUCAAAUUCAAUUCUACAGUUAAGAAGGGCGAAUCUCAAUGUAUCAACGCAAUCGAGGUCGCAAAUGACUCCUCUGCGCCCUGUGGACAAAUCUCGCCCUCGAGUUUUACAGGAGUAACCUCCAGGUAAACAAACUGGUUCCAUAUUGUUCAGUGUAUGAAUAAAUGUGUGCUUGUGAUAGCUAAGACAACUGUGAGCUUACAUGCUGGUGGAAUUUGUUUUCGACAAUAGAAGCAGGCUUUAACGUUUAGCCCUAUCGAUAACAACCUAGCCUGCUCUAACCGUUCAGAUGGUGGAACGAUGAAAGAGCAAAAAGCUAGGGCAAUAGGUAUUUGUAUAACAGACCUUUAUUCCUUUUCUUACUGAUUACGUGUUUCCUUUGUUUUUAUAUUUAGACACAGAACUUCGACGUCUUUUAAGGAAAGAAUGAGAGGAAAAAUUUAUAAAUGGAAACCAGGUAAUUCGCGAGUAAUAAUAGGUAAGUAAAAAGUUAAAAAAAGACGAGGGUGGUAGGCAUGGGUCGCACUUGAUGAAUUUUUGGGAGAAUUUGUUGACCUUGCGGUAGAAAUCUGUCAUCGGUGGACAAGUGCGACUUGUGCGACCCCAAGUUUUCUGGUUGGAAUAAGCUUUGAAAAUCGGCAAAAACAUCAAAGACGACGUAGUGCUUGGCUGAGGCAGGCAGAUUUUGGAAAAAUCGAGGUGAACAAUAGGAAUCACGGAGGUAACUGUCAGCGCUUUUCAGUGAAAAGUGAUCAAUUUGAAACACGAUCAAUUUGAAAUAAACGCGGCCGAAUUUUUAGACCUUCGCGCUUUCGCGGACGGUUGAGGCUACUACUACCCUUCGCCAUUUUAAGGUUCUUUUUCGAAAACUCUCUACAGGCGAGGACUUCAUACGCGUAUAAUCCUUCGCCAGUUUAAGGUUAUUAAGGGGAAACCAGUUUUGCAGGCGUACCAGUUCCCGUCUACACAGGCAAGCACUUCACAGGCUUGUUAUUCUCCGAGCCAAAUGCAUUCCAGCUCUUUGUCUUCUUUAUCUGUCCCAUCCUCCCGAAACUGGAAAUAGACGAAAACAAUACUUCGACAAAUGGUCAGACGAAGAAGAGAAAAUGUUUUCUGGUAUCUGACCUUCUUCAGUUCUCAAUGUGGCAAAGACAAUUAACUCCCACUAAUGCGACCCUCUUCGGUUGGACUAAAAGUUUUCUUUUUCGGUUGCGGUUUGGAAGUUUCGUGCUUUUUUAGCCGGCAAAGAUGAAGACGUUCCCCAAAGGCGUCCCAUGCCUUACUGUUGCUAUCACUAUCAGGAUGGUAAAUGUGUUACGGGCACACACGCUCGCCAGCGGCAAUUGAACCACUCCGUUGUUCUUGACAAAAUAAAAUACGCAUAAUAAAUUAACUUCACUAACAAAAGUCAGCCCAGUGCUCCACUUGUGAACAGUUUAGGUUGUUUGGUUGAAAUCAUAACUAGUUAAACGAAUCGACUAGUUUCAGGAGGGCAUGUCUGGGCAAACUUUCUACGUGCAAAUGGGUUCAAUACAAUGCGUUCGACCUAGUUAGCUAGUUGUAGGAUUUCCUGGUCUUAUGGCAUAGAUGCAUGGCUAUAAAUGACGGACACCUUCCUAAAUGUGCAUAACUAUUCAGUAUUUUUCUCAAAGUCGUUUCUGCACGGCGAGAGAAAUAACGCGUCUUUCCCCAGUCUCACUCUUCGUUUCCACCCUCACACCAUGCAGAUCUCCCAUCUGAACGCUCGCACGCGCGCACGUUCGUAACCAAGGAAAACUACGGGCUGUUUUGCGGUCUAAUUGCUUUCAGCUUCAUUCAGUAAUUGCUAAAAUACUUCCUUCGAUGUCGUCGCGGGGAUUAUUCAUCUAUAUUGAUUAUUGUUAAUUACAUUAACCUGAUAGUGAUAUUUAAUGUUGAUGUUGGUGGUGAUGAUAAUGACCAAUGAAAAAACUCUUCUUCACUCUCUCGUCUGUUGUAGAGUUCAAGUAUUCAACUCGCGUUGUUUGCACCUACUUUAUCAGCUUUGUGGGAAUUUAUGAGGUCAGUUUAUGAUUGUUUUCAUAAUGAGACACAGUACAAUACAAUUCAAUACGUGCAGUGUUAAUAUUUAUCACACAUUUGCGCUUUUUCUCAAAGAUCCAACGCGCUAUUGCUAAUUACACCAAGUUAUUUUAUUCGAAAGAGGUUUAAAACGAUAAAAUUAUAUGUAAUGCAUACGAAAAAAAAAACAACUCUUUAUUAAGUCUAGAAAAUGGUAACGUUCCCUUCAAAUCUUUCUGAUCGUACACAUUUCGUCAAGAUAAAUUGGACUUCAUCUGAUCAUCACACUUUCCAGCUUGGUGUUCCUCAAGGAUCGCCCUUCGGACGGUUAUUAAAUUUCCUUAAUUAUCUACACUGGGUGACAUUGCCUGGUCACUGGUUUGCGUUACUUUUAGGGAAUCUUCUCCUCUUCCUUUUGAUAGAAAUUUUUCCAGAAGGGUUGUAAGCUUCAUCAUGUACAUGGCAGUCGACUGAAGAUCUUCAAAAAGACAGCAUUGUAUAGGAAACAUGCUGUUAUAUGAAUCAGAAACGUAGACAAUCAAACAGGAUCUUAGAAACAACUACUUAUGACAAUGCACACCAAAAGUUGGAGAGAUUAUCUUUCAAGGGAGAACAUCGAUUAAGAACCGUCUUUCCUUAGUAAAACACUUUGACUGAGACGAAUCCGGUCAAAGAUCACACGGGGAGUUGCCCACUCUCUCUUGUCAUGUCCUGUAAAGACUAAAGUAACCACGCCUGAAAUGCGGAAGAAGACCCCUGUCGCAUCGAUAUAUGUAGAAAUUAGUGUAGUCGUGAUCAAUCAUGAUCUUUGGAGUGUCAUGUCCAAAAGUAUUCUCGGCCGCGGCCUAAGAAAGUAGUAGUUACAUUAAUCCCCCAAUGUCAGGUCACAUUGACGACAAACAAGUCCUACUUUGUUAGUUUGUUAACCAGUCGAAAACGAGAACAUUUGCUUAAUUUCAAAGUGUCUCGCGCCAUGUAAGGGAAUCUAAGCCAAUCUUGGAUUUCGGAUUCCAGUCCUUGUCAAUGGAACGUGGAUUCUGGAUUCCAAUCGUUAGUAGGAUUCCGGAUUCCUCGAGCUGUAUCCUGAAUUCAAAUCCCAGAUUCUGGAUUCCACAAGCAAAAUUUUCCCGGAUUACAGAUCCCACAAGCAAAAAUUUACUUGAUUCCGGAAUACAAAUUCCCUUACAUGGGGGUGAAGUGUCGGUUGCCACCGUUGAGUUCGUUACACUAUGCCGUAAAAAAGCGUCGGUGAACAAAAGAUUAACCUUGUCAUAUUUGAUAUCUUUUUUUGUUUAUUAAUGCCGAUACUGUCGGAUUAAUAACUCACUUUUUAAUACGCUCCUCUUUCAGAUUCUUAUCUUUGAUUUUAUCGUGGGUGGGUUCUUCUAUAAGCUGCGUCAGGAGAUCCCUGACAACGAUCUUGUUCAGGCGAAACUAGUAAGGCAGUGGCUUUUGAUUCUAUCAGGUAUAAGUAUAUUAUAGUAUGAGUAUAACGCUCAAGAGUCCUAUUAUCUUGGUAACACUUCUUCACUCUAAUUGUACUACUAAAAUUGCUGAAGAACUCCCGCCCCGGACAUACAAGCCAAUUUGUACCACCCAUUUUGUACAGUGGAGUGAAGAGCAUUGAUAGUCUGCGUUGUGGUUUUCUUGGAUAGAGCGCUACUAUCGAACAAGGAAGUGCAGUGAUUCAACCUCUGACUAGAAUUGCAUGUAAAACAUAUUGCGGCCUUUUCGUGUUUCUCGUGUUUUUCGUUUUUCCAAAGGAGCAAAAAAGCUGAGGUUUUACUGUAGAAUUGUUCAGUCUCAUGCAACCACGACUCACAACGUUACGGUGCCUUUCUGGCACUCCGGCUACGUUUGUCAAUGAGUCCGUGAUGAAUGUUUAUGUGUGUCUGUUCACGACUUGAUGGUAAGGACUUGUUGUUGUUGAUUUCUAUUUUGUGUGUGGCCUUAUUCUCGAUCUUCUACCCCCUCUUUCCUGCUAGUAGCUUAAGUUAGAAAUAACGAAUAUAUGAAUUUCAUAUUUUUGAACUGCGUGUUGUAAAAAAAUCGCAGAGAAGAUCAUCACAGUAGUGAAAUACGCAAGUUAUGUAGCUGCGAAAAGAAAGCCUGAGAAAAUUGAGGCUUGACGGGAUUCGAACCCUGACCUCUGCGAUGGGGAUGCAGCGCUCUAACCAAUUGAGCUAGCAAGAAACUGGGAGCUGGUCACUUGAAUGGUUCGAAAUAUACCCGGAAAAGGUGAAGAUGAAAUAUGAGUAUAUGGAGUACCAGACAGUUAGAUAUGUAAUUUAUUGUGAUGUUUUAAUGCCUUGACAGUGUCCAUAUUCGUGUCUGUUGUUAUCACUGCAAUCUACAUGAUAGCACUUGUGGCAAAUAUGCUCUCCUGGUACAGGUAAGCAAGUUUUUUUUUGCCCUGGUGGCGUUACAUUAAUUCUCUGGAAGGGUAGCUGAGGGCUUUUUGUAAGGGGUGAAUAGCAGUCAAGCAAGGAACUCCUAACAUCUUGCAGCUUGGGUUGCUUGCUUUCUCAUUGCGCGUCGUGAAAAGUGAAGACCUGGGGAAUAUUUCUGGGAAUUCGUGGUGUUGGUGUGGUGCCCGGUUCUAAAAAUCCUAACCCUAUUUCAGACCAAAAAAUUGUCAUUUUCCAUACCUAUUUUUAAAAUCCAUACCCGUUUUCAGACCUGGCGUAGGCAAAAAUUAUGUUAUCAUUACUUAGAUUAGAACGCCACUAAAAAAUUUUCUUUAAGUCCAUUUCGAAUUCGCGUAUUACUCUUUCUUUCUUAUCCAUUCUUCUUCUUUAUAAUUUGUCGGCCCCAUACAAGAGCGCCCGAUAUAAAAAAUGAUUAUAGUUUGUGUAACGACUUCCAAUUUGCACUUGUCGUGUUGGUCAAUAAAACAUGAUACAAGUUUUCUGCGACGUUUGGGCGCGGUGUUCUUGACAACAUUUUUCACAUAAAACCCUUGAAACGAAAGAAAGUUUUCAAGAAAAGUCCAAUCCCCACCGGAUUUUCAUGUUUUUUACUCUAAUGUGGCCGCUGUGGGAUCAUUUAAAGUACCAGUAUUUCUUUAAAAUUCUAAUGCAAAUUUGUGACUCUUAAAUCAAUGAAUAUUUUUACAAGUGACAGGUUCGCAUAUGCACUCCCUCAAGCAUUACACAAAACAAAAACGAACGGAUAGAAACAGCAAAGAGGUUAAUCCAGCUAAAAAAAUUCGAGUAUAUCAUAACCACAAUGGCUGUGCAAAAUGUUUGGGGGAAAACAAGGUGCCUUAUGGUAUAUGUGAAAAUGGUGAAUAUUUGUUAAACGGUAGCAUUGCCAUUGCUGUAAAGAAUUUCUGGUAAAACCCUUCGAAUCGUCAGCAACCUUUCUCUUUAUCUAGAAUUAAAAAACGGUCAAAUCAAUCACAGAGACAAGCCCUGGUAACAAAAAACCUUGGAAUUUUCCGGAAUUCCUUUCAACAGUGCUGCUUACCAUGGUAAAUUACUGUUUAACGGAAAUUCACUUUAUUCGUGAAUUAAUGUAACGUAUGUUCUGUUCCGUCUUCAGAGGGCACUUACUACGCCUCCAGCGAGGUGAAAAGCAGUUUUUGCCAACUGACAUUUUCAACCGUAAUCCCGAUUCCAUCACGGUAAGAGGCAAUGGUCGGGCUGCUAUUGAUUUCUAGCGAAGCACUUUUAGUUGGGUAAUAAAUACCUGCAAAAUUUUCGCUAUUACGUGGCCGUAGGGAAACCACUGCACUUACCAAGACAUUGGACAAUGAUGAAAUGAUAUAAAGGUUUUGUCAUUGGAUGAUGAUGAUAGCCUGCAGGUGCACAGAGGCUGGGAUAAAGAAUAGCUAUGAUAGAAAGUAGGUGUAAUAUACAAAUCACAAAACUACAGCACGAAACGAACCAUGUGCUAGUUCUCCAUCUUUAAUGCACUGCGCAUGUGCAAAAAACAAGGAGCCUGGAACCUAAUAUAUUACAAUCCUCCGAGCAAAGGAGUUGGUUAUCAUAACAACAACGAAUAAUAAAACGCAAGUGUAACAGAUAAACAAUGUUUAGCGUUCGUCAUCUACUUAAAGAAUGUUCACAUUUCAUAUAUGAGUCUGCGUGGUGGUCUCCUCCUCCAGCUGGUGCACUGGAGACUCCAAAAGGCAGUCGUUUGUAACGGUACAAACCCUUAUGAGUGGUAAGUACUUCUGCGAGUCUUCGUCCAGCUCGACCUGCUGAUAGGCGUGAGAUAAAUCAAUCUUGCUAAAUACUUGUAGCCCAGCUAACGUUGCAAACAAAUCUUCUGUACUAGGCAAAGGGUACUGGUCCACAUCGGCUCACUGGUUUACUGUCAUUUUGUAGUCGCCACACACACUCAGUGAACUAUAUUUCUUGGGAACCAACACCACUGGGGCAGCCCAAUUACUUUGAGUUACUUUGUUGAGAAUCCUUUUCUCCAUGAGCGACCACCAGAGGUAGUUGCAUUUCCUGGGUCUGAUACUUCACAGCGACUUGAAAAUCCCCCAACAAGGGUAUAACUCACCAGAAUAGGUUUUCAAGUGGAACUGCGUUGGCUGCAAUUUGAGAUGCUUACUUAAACAACUUCUUAUACUCCACCUCAGAGACAAUGGCCCCCCUGAUCCCGUGUCGAUUUCCAUGCUGACUGGUUUACCCUCCAACAAUAACUGAACCUGAAACCCUGACCCACCAUGUCCUUUAGACUUGAGAGUAUACAUUUCCAGUCCAGACUGCUCUUCAGUAGUACUCAUAGUGAAGUCAACCUCCAAAUAACGCGUGGAUUGUAUCUUCCCUUUCUUCUCGCACAUCUUAGCAAGGUGACCCUUAUUGUGACACUUGUAACCUUGUACCGACCUGACCCAGCACCCUGAUGGAAAAUGCUUUCCAUCAUAACGAUAACAACUCACGGCUUCCCCAGCACAAUGCCUUAAACUGGCAUAUUUGCCGACCUUAUUGACGGCUCACACCAUGGAUUGUGCUGUUUUAAACGCUUUCUAGAAUUCAAGUCUCUCUCUGCCAACAACUUCUUCUGAAUUUCCACGCUUUUCAAUCCGCAAACGAGGCGGUCCCAUGACGCGUCUUCGAAAAAAGUUCCAAACGCACAAUGCAGCGCCAGUCGCUUCAACUCAACAACAAACUGAGCGACCGUUUCACUCUCAUACUGGUUCCGACUAUGAAAUUUAAAACGUUCUGCGGUCAAAAUACGUUUAGGCAAGUGAUGUGAAAUCAAAAGCUCUUUCAACGCAACAAAAGACUUCUCUUUCGGACGUUCAGGGGCUAGCAAAUUCCCUAGCAUGCCAUAUACAUCUGGCAAUAUCUCUUUUUCCGUUGAUAUAUUCUGCUACUUGCCCCACUAGCGCCAUCCUCAUCGCCAAAUGUAAUAUUCAGAUUUCGCGGACGUAGAAAAAUCUCUUAAAGCUGCCUGGGUAAAUCGCUAUUGUUCAUCGGAUGGUCAUCAUUGGUGUGCGCUUCUUGACUCUCAUCUUGAAAAAUUCGGAGGCUCUUUUUUGUUUCAGUGUAAUUACGAUUUGAAAUUCUUAGAUCUAGAAGGUCUCCCCCUCUUUUAUAGGAACAUUUUAACGGUCUGGCAGAUCCUUCAUUCCAAGGUACCCCUUAGUGUUAAUGAAAUUAAAGAGGAAAUACUUUGGAAUAAUCGCUUUAUUAAGAUCGGCGGAAAAACGGUUUUUUAUAAAGCAUGGGUUAGUAAAGGCAUUUUAAGCAUCAAAGAUAUCCUCAAUGCUCACGAUAACUUCCUAUCUUUCCAAGAGCUUAAAGAUACUUUUCACAUUCGCGGUACCUUUCUUGAUUAGGGUUGUCUUCUGGCCGCGAUUCCUAAAGAUUGGAAAAAUGCUAUCUUACAUGGCAAUCAGGAACACACCAACGAACCAAAGGUGACACAACUAGCCGUUGGAAAUGUUUCAGCAAAAUAUGCUCGACUAACGUUUGCUGAGAAAUCUUUCUGCCCUCCAUUAACUGAAUCCUAUUUAAGAGAACAAACAUUCACUCCUAGUGCCGUAUAUGAGCUUCCAUUCAAAAUCACCAUUGAAAAUAAGCUAAGAAGUUUUCAGUUCAAACUCAUCCACAAUAUUCUUCCGACCAACCAACGCCUUUGGAAAAUGAAUGUUAAUUCUUCGCCAAAAUGCGAACAAUGUGAUGCUCCUUGUGAAACUAUUAGCCAUAUGUUUUACGAGUGUCCUGCGGUAAAAAGUUUUUGGGAAAAAGUCAUAGAUUGGUGGAAUGGUAAACGUUCUGAAAACAUAAAUCCCAAUCCAACGGAAGUUCUUUAUGGAUACAAACCUGAAUCUAACGGCUUUCAUACUUUUAACCAUUAUCUCUUAAUUGCUAGAUAUUACGUUUACUUAGCUAGAAACAAGUUUGAGACCCCAGAGCUGGAAGUUUUCAUUGCUCUCCUGGAAAUUAAAAUCCAGUGCGAAAGAGAAAUUGCAAUAACAAAAGGAAAUCUUAACAAAUACAGAAAUAAGUGGACCACGCUGUGCAUUUCUGAUUAGUGUUGGAUUUAUAGUAAUUUAGCAAACAUUUUUCUAUUUGUUCUGCUUGUUGUCGUUAAUCUGUUGAACCUUCGUAUUUCGCUUUAUUUUGCUUGUUUGUUUAUUUAUUUAUUUAUUUAUUUUACUGUUUCGCCUCCCUUUUAUUUGCCGCCCUGUUAUUGUAAAGUUUAUUGUAAUGUUAUGUUAAAUGAUGUUUAAUAAAUAUAUUAUUUAAAAAAUUAAAAAAAAUAAAAAAUAAUAAAAUAUUCAGGUCAUAAAACUACAGCACGAAAACGAACCAUGUGCUAGUCCUCCAUAUAUAAUGUACUGCGGAUGUGCAAAAUACAGGGGGCCUGGAACCUGAUAUAUUAGAGUUGGUAACAUUGGGAACCCUCCAAGCACAAUGUAAGCAGAACGGCCAAAACAAGAAGAAAGAUAACAUGGACAUAAAGUAUGGGGUGCUGUGGUGUUAGUAAGUAAGCGUUAAUACCAAAAACGUCAGACUCCGAUUGAAAGUUAAAGUGUCUCCUUUUUAAUAAACACAGAACCACAAAGGAGAGGAACUCUUGCCAUGCCUUAGACGUUCGGCGAUUGUAGAGGUGUAAAACUGGGUCAAAUUCUGUUAGGAGCUAGCGCAACAUUUUGACGACAAAUAUUGACUGUUUUUCUGUUCUGAUUUUAGGUCGCUACGCUUAAAUACUCUGGUUUUCAGGUGGCGUACUUAUCCUGGGGUGAGUUCUAUUUAUGUCUCUAUUUAUACACCACUUUCACAUUGCCCAUAAUGCACCGCCUGUUACUCCCCCGGAAAUUUUGCGUAAGUAUUGCUUAUCAAUUUCUCUUGUGUAUAACAAUCGUCCCAAAAGAAGGCGGGAGGGCAGGGGGUCAAGAUGUAUUAUAUUGGCAAGGUGAAAGAAGCGAAUUGAUGAGAGAUGAGACAAAUUAAUGGGAAGCAUAUAUUGAGAUCGUAUAUAUGUACACCUUUCCAAACUCCAAAUGGAAAUUAAUUCAGUUAAUAAGUUGUUAAACUGCAGAAUUGGUUGUCCAUGUUGUCCUGGUCUUGCGAGUUGUCCCAGUUCGUCCAGUUGUCCCAGUUCGUCCAGUUGUCCCAGUUUUCCCACUUGUCUCAGUUGUCUUGCUUGUCCCACUUGGCCCAGUCGUCCCGGUUGCCCCAGUUGUCCUGGUUGUCCCAGUUGUUCCGGUUGUCCUUGUUGUUCCGUGCUUCCCAGUUGUCCUAGUUGACCCAUUUUUACCGGUGACCGUGGUUGUCCCGGUCCUGCCAGUUGUCCCGGUUGUCCUGGUUGUACCAGUUGUCCUUGUUGUCGUCGUUGUUUCAGUUGUCCCGGUCUUCCCAGUUGUCCCGGGUGUUCCAGUUGCCCUGGUUGUCAUGGUUGUGCCAGUUGUUGUGGUCAUCCAUUUUGUCCCGGUUGUCGCUGAUUUUCCGGUUGUACAGGUUGUCCAGGUUGUUCCGGUGGUUCCAGUUGUCCUAGUCGUCCUGAUUUUUAUCCCAGUUGUCUGGAUUGUAACUGUUGUCCCAGUGUUUCCAGUUUUUGCAGUUGUCUCGGUUGUCCCAGUUGUCCUGCUUGACCCCGUCGUCCCUGUUUUCCCAGUUGUCCUAGUUGUCCCUUUUGUCCCGGUCUUCUGAGUUGUCCCGGUUGUUUCCGUCGUCCAGAUUGUCCCGGGUGUCCUUGUUGUCCACGUGGUCUGGUAGUUCCAAGUGUUGAGGUUGUCCCAGCUGUUCCAGUUGUCCUGAUUGUCAAGGUUGUUUCAGGUGACCUUCUUGUCCCGGUUGUUCCGGUUGUCAUGAUUGUCCCAGUUGUCCCGGUUGUGCCAGUUGUCCUGGUUGUGACCAUUGUCCCGGUUGUCUCGGUUGCCCCAGUUGUUCUGGUUGUCCAGGUAGUCACAGUUGUCCCAGUUGUUCCAGUUGUCCUGGUUGUCCCGUUUGUCUUAGUUGUCCUGGUUGUCUGGGUAGUUCCAGUUACCCUGGUUGUCCCGGGUGUCCCGGUCAUCCCAGUUGUCCCUGUUGCUUGGAUGUUACGGUUAUUCCAGUUGUCCUGGAUAUCCAGGUUGUUUCAGUUGUCCCGAUUGUCCAGGACAACCUAAUGUUAUGAACUGAGUCAAAUUUAGAAGGAUUUGUAUGGAGUCAUCGGAGUAUAACUGGGUUAAUAUCUUAGAGACAAUUUGCCCCGAAAUGCUAGUUUUUGGCAAGUAGGCCUGUUGGAUAUUGUUCUUUCAGAAUAUUCUGACAAAUCCCAUAAUAUCACAAAUUUAUGACAUCACACUUUAGAACUCUAUGGUUUUGCCUUCGUUUGUUAACGUCGAUACAGAUCUCCAGGUACUUUUUGUCUAGUACCUAAUAUGAGGCGGAAUAUUGGAAGGUUUAGAAAGAAGGUAUUUUCCUUUAAUCCUUCCUUGUUAAACUUAGUUUUGAUAUUUUUGUAAUGUACAUUUUUGCCCUACUGGCUUUCUCUAUCUUUUCAUUCAGUCGAUCUUCUAUUAUCAAGUUGAAGUGCCAUAUCACUUUCUAGUAUACUGUGUUUACAGGUUUUGGUUUUGUAAAUUGGUACAUCUGAGUUGACUGUAACCAAACGUUGCAAGCCAAAGGUACUUCUCUCUAUCUUUCCCGAUUACGUUAUCUUAUUUAUUUUUAACUUCAAGGAGCAACAAUAUGCACUUUGACGUUAUCAGUAGUGGGAUUCGUGGUUGGACAGCAGAUUAUUUUACCAAUGGUUGAUGGAACUUUUGACUCGUUCGUUUGGACUAAGUUAAAAAAUCUCUGGUAAGUUAAGAACGGUUCUUAUUUAGUAAGAGACGUAUGGUGUAGUAGGAGUAUAUUGUGUAUUGGUAAAAUCCAACUAGUGGUGUAUUAUCAAUCCUGCGUUCUGAUUGGUUGAGCUACUACUAGGCUAUAUGUUAUAGCCCACUAGUCGCGAAAACCGCCGGCCUUGAAAACCAAAACAGUGGCGGCUGAAUCGCGUUUUGAUAGCUAAAGUUGUUUUGUCUCGAUAUUUUUGACCAACUAGUUGGAUUUUACUAAAACAAUUAUUUCUCUCGCGUUCAUAGGCUCGGAGUCAAUAGCCCAUUCGGGCUCAAGGAAUAAUGGUUAAUUAGUUUAUUAGUGAAAAUAGAGAAUAACCACUUUGAAUGAUGUGCAUAGUUUAUGCGAAUGUCUUUUAGGAUUUUAGCUGAUUUUCGUGGUUUUUUACAAAGACCAAAGUAUUUUUCCUCCGUGGCAGACGCAGCGAGCAGAUCACUCACUUGGUGUGGUAGACUGUCUACUCUUCGACCCUGUCUAACAAACUCCAUAACAUUUGCAUUUUUCAUUCACAGAAGACCUUUUCUCUAGUUUCUGUGAAGUCCCAAUUCGAGGUGUGUUUUUUUUUGCGUUAUGAAUAACUGAGUCUUAUUUAAUAUGUCUUUCAGGCCCGCUAUAUUAAUUUCUCUAGCCUUUUUUGCGGUCCAGUUACUCUUGGCGAAGUAUGUGUUUUUGAUAGACAGGAAUGCAACGCUAGCACUGGAUAACAGGUACAGCAAUUAAUCAUCAAAAUAUCGAUCAGUCAAUCAGUCGUAAUAAGUCAGCAGUCAGGCAAAAGCCAGCUAUGAUAGCAGUUGCUGAAAGAAAAGUAUAUAGGUUAACCGGUAAUAAGUCGGUUAGAAAACAAUAAUUUUUAAAACUUGUUUUUUGUUGUAUUUUCUGUUUUUGUAAAUCAAUUUCUUUGGAGCCUUCUAUACUUACAAUUUUUGGAAAUGGACCCAUUGUUGUGAGUCUAUCCCGUUAUGGCUCCUUUUCUUUCUUCUUUUAAAGUACUAUUUACAAUAUGAGUUUUUGCUUACGUUGGGUAAACGCAGUGGUAACAGAGCCUUUUUUCCCCAACAGGCGGUUGUUUCAUGUCUGCACUUUUUUUCUCUUUUUCUUCAACAUUUUUCUGGGAGUGUUCUCCUGUUUGAAGCGUAUUAUCAUCGGUGCUGUUCUUGGCGUCAUGUUUCUUGGAAGGACUCAAAAAAGUGUCAUACCACGUGACUUUGAACUCAAGGAUCCAGGUUUGAGUGAUAGGCCAAUCUUGUGCACAUUAUUUGGCUCAUUAACAUACCCUUACCUUAUCAAUCUCUCAUCGCAUCUCUGAAUAUUGAAAGAACAUAACAAUACCGGUCAUUUCUGAUAAGUUCAGGCUGAUAUGCCGAAUGGAUUCGGAGAAUUCUAUUUUUAAAACUCAAUAUUCUACCAGGAAUGCAUGAGCUUAUUAACUUUUUAGACAACCGGCAAUUUCGCAUUUUUUGAUAGCUGCUAAUUCCUGAACACUGCUUACAAACAGCUAAAAAUCCACAAUUUGCUCAUUGAAAGUGAACCGGCUCUUCUCACCUUUCAAGACCAGAGCCACUAGAGGGUUAAUUAUUCUUUUCUUUUGUGUUAAACCCCUCUGCCUCAUAAUCAAGGAUAAAUUCUGAUAAUUCCAAUCUUUUUUUGAUUUUUUUUGGAUAUACAGCGACGUUAUGUACGGGUUAACUCGUAUUCUAAUGAACAAAAAUGUAAGCAAUAAUGACGUCAGCAUAAAUUUGCUUACUAGUGUCGUGGUGGUUUUGUUGGUUGUAAGUGGUUGUGCAUUUUGGCAUCAAGAUGGAGCAUAGUUGUCCAAAACCGGUGCAAAUAAAGAGAACUCUAGCCAGAUGUCAAUCAAAUGAUGAACGAGUAAUCUGGAACAUGCACGGAGAAAGGGAAAUGAAAAAAUGAACAAACCACAAAGUUAGAAUUAUAAAAUGUUGAUAUAAAACAGAGAAUUUUAAAAAGACGCUAUGUCACGCUAUUUACUAUCUUUUCAAAAAAGCUAAGGGAUCAUUAUACGUUUCUGGGAAACUGCCCACCUUCCCCUCCCCUAAGCAAACAUUUUGCCCUAAGUGAGAAGUAAGUGUUAAUGUUGGCUUAGGGGUGGGGUAGGUGGGCAGUUUCCCAGAAAGGUAAAGCUAAGAUGUGUCUUUGCAUUGAAUUCCAAACCUAAUAAUCUAGUUUUGUCAUUUAAGACUAUAUUCAGGCAUUAUCUUUUGCUACGGAUGGCAAGGAUGGUCAUGGAUUAACACUUGAAAAAAAUGGGCCAAUUUUUCAAGUUUAAAUGCCAUGCCUAUAAAAAUUACCCUGAAAAAAAAUUUUAUGGUUAGUGCUGUCUGUUGAAAUUUGUUUGAUAUCUUCCUCUUAACACAACAGGAGCAUUUUGUGUGUGGGCAAAAGUACUACGUAAUGACCUAAAAAAACAGCAAUAUCCUCCUGACAAAACUCCGCCAAGUAAGAGUUUGUUUUGAUUUCUCAUUUUCCUUUCCCCAUGCUCGCUCGCUGUUUUCACUUCCAGAUUCAGUCUGUGAAUACAAUAGGCCAUUUCCGAGUUCCAAAAUCUCUCACUUUCAAAACGAAAAACCUUUGUUUUGAAAAUGAGUUUUAUCUGCAUGAGAAUAACAUAUUAUUUUCAUAUCAGUGGUUUCGCAUUUAGCCUCGCUUUGAAACAGAGGCUUGAGACGAUAUUAACGUUUAAAUUGUUCUUAUUUUUAAAUAAAGAAUUAACUUUGUUUUUCUGUUGUUGUUAGGGUUUAACGCAUAUGUGGGAUAUCUGCUGCUGGAGCAUACCCAUGCCAACCCAGUUCUGGUUACUUUUUGCCAGCUUCUCAUCAAGACGACGAACGAGGAACAGGAAGAAAUCAAUGUUCUUAAAAACCACUUAACAGGGGAGCAAGGAUGUGCAAGUAAGUAAACAUGUUAUUAAAUCACGUUUAUCGAAUUAGUUGAGGUUUUUGUAUUCCUGACUCAUGCUCCUAUAAGUUUUAAACAAAAACAUUGAUACUUUGAGUUUCAAAUUUCGUCAUCCUUGGGAAAUUUUAGACAUUAGCCGGGGGAGCCGCCAACGCGAGCUGGUGAAGCCGGCAAGAAGAAUAGCUCGCCCACCGUAUUCUCUUCGUCUCUGGACGAGCUGGACAUAAAUGCGUCCCAGAUUACGUUGUCCCGUUUUCAUACUAGACGCAUUUAAUGUCUCAGACGUUAAACUCGGCGGUUAAGUGCGCCUAAACGACGCACUUAACAGAAGACUUUAAUGUCGUCAAACCAAAAUACGCCUGUCUCAUUUAACGUCUCAGACGACCUUAACGUCUCUACUAUGAAAGCGGCCAUUCAGUGUAAAGGUGUCAGGCGUUACCGGCUCUCAAAAUAAAGUUGAUCUUCAUCAUCAUGGUCCUGGCCAUCAUCAUCUUCGUCAAUAGCACUAUGGUAGUCACAUUCAUCUUCAUCUCUGCAUAUUCAUCCCUAUAUAAGCCCAUUGUGUAUUUACCUAUUUCUUCCCUUAAAAAUUGCCCAAUGUUUGUUUAGACAAUCAAGUAAGUGUUGAGCUGAGGGAGACACCACUUGGACGUAACAAAUUUCGACGACUUCGCAAUCGCUGGCACCUGCUGUAUACUCUACACAACAACCCGUCGCUCCAGCAGCACCGUCGGGCAGAAAUGUUCACUCAAAAGUCGCCAUUUGCUGCGUUUAGAGUUAUGGUACAAAAAGGCGUGGUAAAUGUAUCGCAGGACAUCCUAGAAGAAGAUAAAUCUGAAAAUCUGGACUGCAAGCUGUAAUUAGAUUCUAAUUAGAUUCUAAGGGUCCAAAGUGCACACUUCUUGCUGAUCUUCUGUGACUGGUCUAUUUUUUAACCCCCUUGUCUCAGCAGAUGUUCUUUGGAGAGGAUUGCGUAACAAGCGAAAAGCACGUCUGCAUGAGAGGCUUACUUGGGACAGACUACGCUAUAUUUGACUUUAAGCUUUGUCUGUUUGGAUCAUCCACAUUUGUUGUUUAAUUACUGGAUGUCAGGUUUCAUCACGUUUGUGUUUGCGACACGGACUUUCAUAGAAUCACUUGAAUUUUUAGCUCUGACCAUUAUCCGGGAAUUUUUGAUCCAAAUCUUUUUGGCUUGAAAGCCAAGUGUUGGGAAACAGGCUUCUAGGAGCUUCUGGUUGUAGUUUUCAAGAAUUAGCAGGGGUAAAGUCUGUAAGAAACGACGGAAUAUUUUGAAUGAAUUAAAAAUGUGCGAUAUCUAGGCUCUCCAAUGAAUUGCCAGUUGUUUCUUUUAAAGAAGGUUUCAAACAUCAAUGCCUUGAUUCAAAACGCAAUGGAAAACUCACCUUUUCAGGUAAGCUUACAUUGCAUUGUAUUUUUUAUGGCUUUAUCGAGUUUAAUUUUUUUUAAACUAGGUUUCAGCGAGUGAGAUGAAGUUAAUUACUUAUAAAGUUAUUUUCUAUCAUAAUUGACUGUAAAUAUAUUUUGUAAUUUAGAAGUAUGAUUUGUAAGACCCUUUUCAAUGGACAAUUAGUAAAGAUAAGACU